CCUGCAACCAGGGGCGGUGCCUAAGGGGGUGGGGAGAGCUCAGCCGGACAGCCCAGCUGAAAACUGCUUCACUCCCGCCGACUCUCCACUCUCGAGAGCAGUAACUCUGCAGUGAGGACGCUGCAGGGAGCACUCUGCAGGGAGCACUCUGCAGCACCCGGCACUCUUCCGCGGGAGGAGCAGCGGCUGCACUGGGUUGCAACCCUACCCGGGAGCGAGCCGGCGCGUCCUCUGCUUCGCGCUGCCAGGAAAAGUCCAUUUUUACCACCAACUCUUGGGCCACCUCACCGGCCCUCCAGCCGCAGGAGAACCAAGAGGACCGGAGCGGAGCUGGGCUCUGAGCUCUCCCCGCUGAAGGGUGAGCGCCCCAUGCAAAGUGGGGAAAGAGGAUCUUGCAAAACACGGGGCCGAGGUGGAUUGUUCAGUCCAGUUUGCGUCUGGGGACUGCGGAAUGCGCGAGGAGAGCAAGGUCAUGCUCGCUGAUGGCGCCGGCGAUGGGGGCCUGUCCAGUGCCGCCGCGCGCGGGCAAGUGGAGACCGUGAGACAGCUCCUGGAAGCCGGUGCGGAUCCCAACCGAGUCAACCGUUUCGGGAGGCGCCCCAUACAGGUCAUGAUGAUGGGCAGCGUCCGCGUGGCCGAGCUGCUGCUGCUCCACGGUGCGGAUCCCAACUGCGCCGACCCGGCCACCCUCACCCGACCCGUGCACGACGCUGCCCGGGAGGGCUUCCUGGACACGCUGGUGGCGCUGCGCCAGGCGGGCGCGCGCCUGGAUGUGCGAGACGCCUGGGACCGCUUGCCGGUGGACCUGGCUGAGGAGCGUGGCCACCACGCCAUCGCCCGAUACCUGCAGGCAGCUACGGGAGACUGACCUUGGGUGUAAUCGCAGCCAAAGGACUUUUCUUU